CUUCCUUCUUCAUUUGAGUUUUUGAUAUGCCCGUUAAAGUCUCGGGCAGCUGCCCGUAAAUAAAGAGGAAUUUAUAUUUAUAUCUUCUCCAUUAUAAGAGGCUUCCAUGGGCAACCUUGUUUAAGCUUCUCUCCUUCUCUUCUCCUGUGUCUCUCUGUUACUAGUUCUCUAGCUUUUUUCAAGGGGGGAGAGUAAUGGAGUUUGAAUGCUGAAAAAAUCCGAACGAUCGCAUGGCUGAGAUUUGUUACGAGAGCGAGUCAGUGAUGGCGAAAACGACGUCCACGGUGGUUAAGAAGACGACGGUGACGACUAAGAGGCGUGAACGGAGCUCUUCUCAAGCCGCGAGGAGGCGGAGAAUGGAGAUCCGACGGUUCAAGUUUGUCUCCGGCGAACAAGACGCCGUAUUCGCCGAAGGCGACGUACAGAAGAGGAGGAGACGAGAAUCAGCCUCAUCCGUCUUCUAUGAGUUGGCGAAGUCUGAAACGGCGAAGGAGGUUGUCGUUUUAUGCGAGUCGCUGAGUUCUACGGUGAUGGCAUUGCCUGAUUCGGAGGCUUAUCCUAAAUACGGCGUCGCUUCAGUCUGCGGAAGAAGACGGGAAAUGGAAGACGCCGUCGCUGUACAUCCGUUUCUUUUCCGUCAACAAACGGAAUACUCCUCCGGAUUUCACUACUGUGCCGUUUACGAUGGCCAUGGCUGCUCCCAUGUGGCGAUGAGAUGUAGAGAAAGGCUACACGAGCUAGUGCGGGAGGAGUUUGAGGCUGACGCUGACUGGGAAAAGUCAAUGGCGCGUAGCUUCACGCGUAUGGACCUGGAGGCCGUGGCGUUGAAUGCCGGUGGGGCGGCGAAUUGCCGGUGCGAGCUUCAGAGGCCGGAUUGUGACGCCGUGGGGUCCACCGCGGUUGUAUCCGUCCUCACGCCGGAGAAAAUCAUCGUGGCAAACUGCGGCGAUUCCCGUGCCGUUCUCUGCCGUAACGGGAAACCCAUUCCUUUGUCUUCCGAUCAUAAGCCGGAUCGUCCGGACGAGCUAGACCGGAUUCAAGCAGCGGGCGGUCGGGUUAUCUACUGGGAUGGCCCACGUGUCCUUGGAGUACUUGCAAUGUCACGAGCCAUUGGCGAUAAUUAUUUGAAGCCGUACGUUAUCAGCAAACCGGAAGUAACCGUAACGGACCGGGUCAACGAAGACGAUUUCCUUAUACUAGCAAGCGACGGUCUUUGGGACGUUGUCUCAAACGAGACUGCAUGUAAUGUCGUUCGAAUGUGUUUGGGAGGAAAAGUCAAAAGUGGACUAUCACCUUCACCGGAAAGGGAUCUUGCCGGCGCUGGAACUGUGGUGAUCGGAGGAGGAGAGAUAUCGGAUAAAGGGUGUGAGGAAGCGUCGAUUUUGCUGACGAGGCUUGCAUUGGCUAGACAAAGCUCUGACAACGUAAGUGUUGUGGUGGUUGAUCUUCGAAGAGACACGUAGUUGUUUCUUCUCUCUCUCUCUCUCUUUGUUUUUUUUUGUCCCGAGUCUUCAUCGACUUUUGGGUUUUCUUUUAACUUUUUUUGCUCUUCGGUGCAAGGCGAAGGGUUUUAAUUUUAGCUUGACUUUUUGGAAUGUCACUGUGCAAGCGGUUUAGAUCUUCAGAGAUUUUCACCGGUAAUGUAAUGGUAAAAAGCCGUGAACCUCUUUUUACCGUCGUUUCUUCACUAAAUGGUAAAACCUAUCAUAUCGAAAUUCUAAAACUGAUAUCGAAUCAGUUGACUAAAUCAACGUUUGUGUAAGUAUCAUUACUGUGUUACCGAGUGCGACAAAAGAAAUUAGUUUUAUGGUUUGUGUUGUUAGUACCAUUAUGCAAUUAUUCGAAAUGUUAAAACUAAUGUUCUAAAGAAAACUUUCAAACUUAUUAGAUGUUACAGUGUGCAUAUAUAUUGUGAAUGAAAACACUCUGAAUUAGAAUAUUACAAAUAGUUGUUUGUUUUGAUUAAUAUAACAAACAUUCUCUUCUUUACCUUUUAUAACAGCUUUUCAUUAUGUAUAAGUAUAUGGCUUCAUGAAUUGUGAUCAAUAAUGUGGCCAAUACAAUACAACGAUAGAAACGCGUGUGCUUAACACACGCUCAUGAUGUGAUGUGUCAGAAGAAUCCUACUCUGUAGACUGAUGCUUGAGUUUUGUUUCAACUUUUAAGUACGUGUACUGUGGGAACCAAAACGACGAUACAUCAACGAUCUCUGUAGUAACGUAGAACGUUGGUUUUUUAUUCGUCUAGUUUUGAAAAAAAACAAUUUCUGAAUAUAGUUCGGAUCAGUCAUCAGUCACAUUCUCAACACAAACAUGGCUAGCAUGGCAAAUUUUCAACAAGUGUCCACUCAAAUAUCUAAAGGGACUCUGAAAAGAUUGUGAGCUAUAUAAUAUAUCGUCUUAAUUUUUAGCAUCUCUAAGCUAGCCAUGAUAGAAGGACAACUCAUGAUUCAUCUUUAGCAUGUAAGUAAUAACUCCCCGUGAUCUAGUAUAUCAAGGAUUGUAAAAAAAAAGGAUAAGUCCCGAAUUCAGAUCUACAACACGUGGACACAAGAUCAAUAGGAUUCCUAAAAUCAAUAAAGUGGGGAUGAUGAUUACGCGACCAAAGAGAACAAUAGCUAUUGUGAUCAGAUUUUUGACAAAAGAGAUUCAUAGCUUAGGAGAACGAGAUGCGUGGUGAUUCAAUUUUUUUUAGCAGAGGAUGUGGCAUUCGUUGUCUCUUGCUGACACGGAUUCUUUGUUGUAAAACCUAGCUCCGAUGAGUUUGCUUAUGGCGCAAGCAAGAUAACACCAACGUCAGUAGAUAACCACCGUAUACCUAAGAACAGUACUCGUGGAUUAUGAUUGCCUUCAUUUUACGUUAAUUUUAAUUUACAUGUGACCGCUUCGUCUUAAAACCUCACAAUUGUAGUCGGAACCGUAUUGCUUAGUGCCAUGUUUAGUAGCUAUAAUCAGCAUAACCACUUAGUUGAAGAUUUCGUUUUAUUGGUUUAGCCAAAAGUCUCUGCUGCGGGUUAUCUUGUAAAGCACAAAAAUAUAUUAUAUGGAUAAGCAAUGACUCACAGAAACCAGUACACAACUUUUGCUGACCAAUUAUUUUUUGAUAUGUUAAUAAUUUUGCGUAUGUGAUUCAGAUAUGUGUUUGCUGCUGGCUUCACAUAAUGAACAUGGCAGAGAAAGAUCAAACAGAAGGACGUUGUCCAGCUUGUCGCACUCCAUAUGACAAAGAAAAGAUUGUAGGGAUGACUGCUAAUUGCGACUAAUUAUAAUAUUGAUGCUUGAUAUACAAUCUUUGUUUGCUUUCUUUUUCUGCUUUCUUUACAGCUUCCAAAGGCAACAUGGAGCGCAAAAAGAUUCAAAAGUCAAAAUCAAGACCUUGUGAUGGUUAUCAAGAAGAGAAAACCGAUGUUGUUAGUUCACUAAUUGAUUCUAGAGAAACCCAGAAAAUUCUAGAUUGGAGAACAGGUUUGGUGGUUUCAGUAUGACAACUUCAAUCUCCCAAAAUUUAUAGGUACGACUACUCGGCUAAGAAAAACAGCUACUAGACUUCAGCGAGGUGAGCAGCCUGAACUUGAAGUUGUGUUGCUGAGAGGGGAGUAGCUUGUGUUAAUCCUUAUAUUUGAGAUCAGCUUUUUCCGAGAAAAGCUAUUAGUUACUAAUAUCUGUAAUGUAAUAUCAGGGGAGUCAGUAUCGUGUGCGGUCUGUGGCAUUCGAUGAUGUUACAUAUAUAGUUUUGCAGACCAUACAUGAUCAUGGUGACCUAGACAUUACAAUACGUAAGAUGAUGUCUAGGUUGCUUUAUUGGGCAUUGCAGCCACCACUUAUGUUUGCAAUAGACUUUCUCUGAGGUUAAUUCCAUUGACGAUUCCUUUUUAUGAAGUAGUGUGCUUCAUACUGUUUCCAAGAUAUUUGUAAAAGUUACAAGUAUGUAUGUAAAAAGUUUUGUGUUAAAGCUGUGCAAAUUUUUUGCAAGCUUAUGAAAUUGUCGCAUUAGUCCAAAGCUAAGCUACGUGAACCAUAACAUUUAUGCAGAUUAAAUCCAAUUACUUUUCGAAAUGAAACCCUCAAUUUUUUUUUUUCAACCCUCAAUUUAUAAAAUUAAAACCAUAUUACCUACCCAACUUUGGAUUUUAU